GACGGCGCGCGGCUCAGGGUGGCUUCCAGAAGUUUCUCUGCCCACAUUAAAGAUGGCGCGACAACCGUCGGUGAGGCUGCUGGACGUCGCUUCGUCCCCGACUCCGCGAGCCAGCAGCGCUUGCGUGCUCCGGAACCAGUUACAGGAACACAGCAUAUAAAACUACUGCAAAGCAAACAUGCUGGCUGCACGUCUUGUGUGCCUGAGGACGCUGCCAUGCCAGGCUAUCCGCCCCACCAUUGCUCAGGCUUCUCCAGCUCUGAGGAACUCUGGUAUAAAAGCAUUCCGUCUGUGGCAGCCUAACCAGUGCUAUGCCACCAGAGUAAGAACAGGAGUAAGGCGUGGGAAAAUUGGCCAGGAAAUUAAAGAAGCAGCAUUUGAGCCAUCUGCAGAAACUGCUCUUAAAGUUGAUCGCCUGGGAAAAUUUGUUGUUGCUGGAGGGGCUGCUGUUGGCCUGGGAGCACUCUGUUACUAUGGAAUGGGCAUGUCCAGUGAGAUUGGAGCUAUUGAAAGAGCAGUUAUUUGGCCCCAGUAUGUGAAAGACAGAAUUCACUCUACCUACAUGUACUUUGCGGGAAGCAUUGGCUUGACAGCGCUGUCGGCUGUAGCAGUAAGCAGAUCUCCUGCACUCAUGGGCCUUAUGACAAAAGGCUCCUGGCUGGCAAUCGGUGCAACUUUUGCCGCUAUGAUUGGUGCUGGAAUGUUGGUCAGGUCCAUAUCCUAUGAAAAUAGUCCAGCAGCUAAACAUCUUGCUUGGAUGAUGCAUUCAGGUGUCAUGGGUGCUGUGGUGGCUCCUCUAGCUUUCCUGGGUGGUCCUUUGCUGAUCAGAGCUGCCUGGUAUACAGCUGGAAUCGUCGGAGGGCUCUCAACUGUGGCCAUGUGUGCUCCAAGUGAAAAAUUUUUGAACAUGGGAGGACCGCUUGGAAUAGGCUUUGGAUUUGUUCUUGCCUCUUCAAUUGGAUCCAUGUUCUUGCCACCUACUUCUGCUUUUGGGGCUGGCUUGUAUUCAGUAGCUGUUUAUGGAGGAUUGGUACUCUUUGGCAUGUUUCUGCUCUAUGAUACACAGCACGUUAUCAAGCGUGCAGAGAGUAUUCCAUAUUAUGGAGUAACAAAAUAUGACCCCAUCAAUGCGUGCAUGGGCAUCUACACAGACACACUGAACAUCUUCAUUCGUGUGGCCACCAUGCUUGCUGGUGGUGGAAGCGGAAGGAGGAAGUAAACCAAGACUUUUUGCAGCCGUCUAACAGCUCAGACUCUUAGGUUGUCUACCUAGUGCAGAUAGUAAAUAAAAAUUCAUGGUUACCACCAGUUUUGCUGCAGGUCAGAAGUUUAAAGCAUUUCAGCCUAUUGUUUAAGUGCAACGUGAUUCAAACUUAACAGUGUUUUGUCAAACACCUUCCAAACACCUUGAACUACUUCAAAGCGUACGUAUUCAGGAAAGUAAAUUAUUUAAAAUAUAUCUGAGUAAAAUUGUCUGUCUACACUUUUAAUGAGGUUGGAAGCAGUUCAACUUUUGCUUUCCUUUUUACUGGAACUGCACAGUAAAAGAAGUGGCUUCUGUAAACAGAUCUUAUAUGCAGAUGGGGACACAGCUGCUUCAGGAAAUGCUGUUCAUAUACAACAGUUUUCAGUUGCGAUUGUAUAAAUAAUAUUUUCUUGAUGCAUUUAGAAGAACUGAGCAAAGUGGAUAUAGCACUGAAUGCAGCAAUGGCUUCUGCUGCCUGGGCAGAAAUUUCAGAAAGAUUUAAGCAAUUGUCAGAAAUGCACUGGAUGGGAUGGAUGAUGUGACCAGCAACGUAAAGGAGACAAGAUGAGGAGCCUGUGUGACAUCUGCCCUACGUGAAAACUUCGGUCUCCUUCUGGAGCACAAGAAAGCACGUUGUCUGUUUCCCAGUACUUUAAUGUUGAAUGGGUAUAAUAGCGGUUGGGCUCUUUUGGUACCAGACCUAUCAAAUUGUUGGGUAAUCAUAGAGGUAUGUCUUUCUUCUAGUGACUAGUUUUUGGUAUUUAAGUGAAGUGCUGUUCUUCAGAAUAACUCCCAAUGUGUACUUCCUCUUACAAGCUUGUACAAUUGGCACUGAAAGAAAGGGAAUUGAGAAUGGCCUGCUGCAAACCCAAGUAUUAUAAGUAUAGCAUUGUUACAUGCUGUAGUCUCUUUCUAAUUCUUUCCCAGAUUGGUAUGUUUAGCUCAGGUGAAAGGAAAUGUUCCUGUCAGUGGAAUUGAUCUAACGUUAAGAAAUGUAUACUUGCUAAAGUACAUUGCAUUGUGUUGGAGUAAGGGGCAAGUUCUUGGGCACAAGAAAGUUUUGAGCUCAUACAAAUGACUCAGAUUUCCAUUUUUCUGGUUAAUCAUGCUAUGUUUGUGGGAGAAAUAAAAUUCUAGCCUCACAAGUU